ACAGGCGCAGAGUCGAGCGAGCUGGAGAGCGGCGGGCUGCUGCACGAGAUUUUCACGUCGCCGAUCAACCUGCUGUUGCUUAGCCUCUGCAUCUUCCUGCUCUACAAGAUCGUGCGCGGGGAUCAGCCGGGGGCCAGCGGCGACAGCGACGACGAUGAGCCGCCCCCACUGCCCCGCCUCAAGCGGCGUGACUUCACCCCCGCCGAGCUGCGGCGUUUCGACGGCGUCCAGGACCCCCGCAUACUCAUGGCCAUCAAUGGCAAGGUGUUCGACGUGACCAAAGGCCGCAAGUUCUACGGGCCCGAGGGACCAUAUGGAGUCUUUGCCGGAAGAGAUGCAUCCAGGGGCCUUGCCACAUUUUGCCUGGAUAAGGAAGCACUGAAGGAUGAGUAUGAUGACCUCUCUGACCUCACGCCUUCCCAGCAGGAGUCUCUGAAUGACUGGGAUUCUCAGUUCACUUUCAAGUAUCAUCACGUGGGCAAGCUGCUGAAAGAGGGGGAGGAACCUACUGUAUACUCUGAUGAGGAUGAACCAAAAGAUGAGAAUGCUCGGAAAAAUGAUUAAAGCAUUCAGUGGAAGCAUAUCUAUUUUUGUAUUUUCAGAACCAUUUGUAACAUUCCAGUCUGUCUUUAAAACAUAGU